CUUUCAUUCAAACAAAUGAACAAUAGCAACUUCCGUGUGUAGCUUAAAUUAGUCUCCAUUUUCUCCUACUAAUAAUAAUAUAGUUUAAGAACAAAGAUGAAGAUAAUGGUAGCCAUCAAACGUGUUGUUGAUUACGCCGUCAAAAUCCGUGUUAAACCCGACAAGAGUGGUGUAGAGACAAAAAAUGUGAAGAUGUCAAUGAACCCAUUUUGUGAAAUAGCUUUAGAAGAAGCUUUACGGAUUAAAGAAUCAGGUUUUGCUUCAGAAGUGGUGGCUGUUAGUGUUGGGCCAACUCAGUUUUCCGAGACUUUACGGACAGGGUUAGCUAUGGGUGCAGAUCGGGCAAUCCAUGUUGAAGCGCCUGAGAAUAUUUAUCCACUUACAAUUGCUAAGAUUCUUAAAGCUCUUGUUGAUUUUGAAAAGCCUGGUCUUCUUUUACUUGGCAAACAGGCAAUUGACAAUGAUCAAAACCAAACAGGCCAAAUGGUUGCAGGACUUCUCAAGUGGCCACAGGGAACUUUCGCCUCUAAGGUUGUGCUGGACAAAGAAAAACAGGUCGCUACAGUAGACAGAGAAGUUGAUGGUGGUAUCGAGACAUUGUGUUUGGGUUUGCCUGCAGUAAUCACCACUGAUUUGAGGCUGAAUCAACCAAGAUAUGCAACACUCCCCAACAUAAUGAAAGCAAAGUCGAAGCCAAUUAAGAAAUUCACACUGAAAGACUUGAACGUUGAGAUCAAAUCCGAUUUGGAAGUAGUUGAAGUAACCGAACCUCCCAAAAGGAAAUCUGGUGUCAUCCUUUCAUCUGUGGAUGAGCUGGUUGACAAGCUGAAGAAUGAAGCACGCGUAAUCUGAGUGCACUAACUGUUAUUUGCUGCAAUUUCAUCUCUUGAGCUGAUUGACGAGCUGAAGAAGAACGAAGCACACGUAAUUUGAGUGUGCUAACAGUUGUUCGCAGCAAAUUUCAUGUCUUUUACACCAAAUGGUCUCUUUGUAAACUUUCAAUAAUGUACAAUGUUAAUAACAAUUAUCACAUAAUGGAAAAUAUCUCCUAUUUUCUUUCA